AUGACGCAGCUGACGCUGACUAUGUUGGUGAUCCUCGUAAUAAAUCAAGGUCUAGCCUGGAAUCUGACCACACAGGAACCCCCUGAUUCCCCCGCUACAGCCUCUCACCAGCCCCUGUCCUCUGGGGAAGACUAUCUUGUAGGAAGCAGAGCCCAGGAACCCCACGGCCGAAGGGCUACAAGGAAACCAACCUCUGCGCUCUCCAGCUGCUGCCGAGGAGCCCGGCUCACCCUCUCCCUGGAUGUUCCCAUGGGUCUCCUUCAGAUCUUGAUAGAGCAGGCCAGAGCUGAAGCCCAUAGGACCCAAGCAGCUCUCAAUGCUCAAAUCCUGGCACAGGUUGGCUGA